AUGGCUGCAGAGCCAGAGGAAUGCUCCUGUGAUGCCCUUGAUGGAGGAGGUGAAUCUCCUGCAGUCUCCAGCUGUGCAGAAAUCCUUGAAGCACUGCAAACAGAGGAAACUGAAAGACAGAGCUCUGAGAAGCCAAAGAAGAAAAAAGUUACUUUUGGGCAAGACCUGAGCCCAGAAAUCUUUGAUGAAGCUUUGCCUGCAAAUGCUCCGCUGUGCAGGGGAGGGACCCCUGUGCAGCUGCACAGGCACAGCAGCCCUUCUGCAAGGCUCAGUCUCACUCAGGAGCCAUUGCCCCAGCCCAGCUUCGAUUGCUCUGAGGAUUGUGACCCUCUUGAGGGGGUAGUGCAGGACGCUGUUGCUGCAGAUCUUGUGCCUGCUGAAAAUGCAGAAGCAGCAGAGACUGGCAAGCCUGACAGGAUGAGAACUCGCUCCUCUACGAAGAGGAAGCAGUGCAGCACCACCUCAGAGGGGCCUGAUGCUGGCAUCGCCGCUGCCACAGCUCCUGAGAGCGCUAAGGAUAACCGCAGGCGGAACAAGCAUCCAGACCAGAACACAACCACGGCUGCUGCCAAAAAGCCACGAAAGAGAAAACGUGCAGGCUGUGUGAGAAGGAGAAAGAAAGUCAAAGCAUCUCUGUAUGGGGAGAGAACAAUGGCUUCUAGGAAACCCCUUCUGAGCCCUGUCCCUGAGGUUUCAGAGUGCUCCUUGUCUCCAGGCUCAGCACUUUUUUCAGAGGAUGUGUUCUCAGGUGGCACCAAGCCUGGAAGUGCUUGGAAGGAUGUCCAACAGAAGCCAAUGGCUGAGAGAAUGAGAGGCCAAACCACCUGUGCAGCUGAUACUUCUGGAAGCUCUGAGGACCUGGAUGUGGCAGAAGGCAGCAGUUCCCAUGACACAGUGCUCCAGGUGUCAGGUGGUGAUCUGGAGUCUGCUGCUGGCACUGAACAGGAGUUCUCCCACACUGUGCCAGAGGCCAGGGCUGGCUUUGAUACCUCUGACUGUGCCCCACAGGGUGAGCAGGCUGCACGGGCAAGAGAGGCAGAAGAAAGCACUUCCCUGAUGGAAAACAAGAGGUUAGAAGGAGAUCUUCUCAGUGAGGCAGAGUGGGUAGCUGGGCUGGAAUUCCUGGAGCAGGACAGAGGGGUGCAUGAGGGUGCCAGAGGAGCUCUGCAGCCACAGCAGUGUUCUGCCAGAGGGCGUCGAAGGAGGAGAACAAGAAGCGGAGCUGUUCCUUUUCCAGCUUUUCAACAGGAGGACACAACUGAAGACAAUCUUCUGCUGCCUUCUUUUCAUGUGGAAGAAUUCUUAGCUGCUCCUCUUGAUUCUUUUAAUGUGGAAGAAUUCUUGUCUGCUCCUCAGCCAAAACAUGACCCCUCAGAGCCAUCUCGUGGGGCAGUGAGAGUGAGGCGCAGCAUGAGGCUGCAGGAGGAUGCCCAGAGCGAAGGCCUUGCCUGGCUUCUGCUGCCCGAGGAGAUGCAGAGUUGUGCUCCCCUGCUGGCUCCUGCUCGCAAGCUCAGGAGGAGCACAACUGUCCUGAGAGAAUCUGAGAACCUUCACCAUGGAGUGCAAAACCUCAGCCAGUUCCCAGCAGCAGGGAAGGAGAACCAGGGCUCUGCACACCCUGCUGCUGCCUGCCGGCGGCCACGCAGGAGGAGCCUCUACACAUCCACCCCUCAGGGGGCAGCAGCUGGGGCCCUGGCACACAGAAGGAGCAUAGGCGGGGGCCGAAGCCACUCUGAAGAGGCAAAAAUUCCUCUUCACAGUAGCUAA